CCUCAUCCUAUGUUCAUUGGAUGUUAUCCCAUCCAAGCAGGCAUUUUAACACAAGCAUGCUUAUAUUAGCUAUCUCACUACUAUGUCUAAGCUUAAUUAAUACCGGAAAUAAAAACAAUAUCUUUAUAACACAGUUAUUUUCACAUCCCACAUAUAAAAUCCAUCUUAAUAUUUGCAAAAGCCAAUAUUGUAAUAUGUAUUUAUAAUACUUGGGCUCCUCUUGGCUGCUGCAAUUCCAUCUCUGCCUUCCCUUGGAUUUGCCCUUCCCAGCUCUUGGAGCGUCCACACCAACAUCUUUCAUCCCCCAUCUGCUCCAGGACAUGCCAUGAGUCCUGGGAGCUGUUGGGGACACUGCCAUGGCAACAGUCAGUCCCAAUAUGUCGCAACAGUGGCUUUGGACACGCUGUCACAAUUGGUUCAGACACGUCCCAACCAUUGGUCCCAUCGCAUUGGGCUGUCAGCUCCAGGACAUUGUCACACCUCCCACAGUCUAUGACAGUGCCAUGGCAGCUGCAACUACUGGCUCAGGAUCUCAGUCCCUCCGUCCCGAAGACUCUUCCCGGGGGUCUCGCCUUCUGCGCCGUCAGCAGCUUCACUCACUGGGAUUUCAGUCCCUCCCUCCCAAGGUCAUGGGCUCCAGCAGCCCCAUUGUGAUCCUUCAGGAUGUGCCCAAACAGCCUGAAUCGCAGCCCUCCAUCAGAUACAAACCAAAGACCACCAGAAUCAUCACCAGGGACCUGAUCCGGGACCUCAUCAUUCCCCAGGAGAAGCCCCAGCCGUGUCUCAUCAUUGGAGAAAAGGAAUAUGAGAAACUCAAGGAAUCUGCUCGAGCCCCGACUGAGGUGGAGCACUGGGACAGGCUGAAGACCCUGAGAGCCAAACAGGACGCUGCUUUCGAGGCCCUGAAAAAGGCCCAGAUUGAGGAGCAGAGAAAGGCAGAAUUGGAGGACAAAAGGGACUGUCAGAUAGAUGUGGAGGAGGAGCUGCAGCAGGAGGAGCAAAAGCUGCUGCAGCGGGCGAUGAGGAUGAGGCUGGAGCAGGAGGAAGACGUGCGGGAACUGAACGCGCUGUUCCUCAAUGCCAAGUGCAACAUGAUCCGGGACAAGCAAGUCCUGGAGAAGCGGAUGAUCAACAAGGAACUGGAGGAGGAGGAGAAGCGCCUGGACAAGAUGAUGGAAAUGGAGCGGGAAAAAGGCAUGGAAGUCCAGGAGGAGCUGGAGCGCCAGAGGAAGCAGGAGCUGAUGAGAGCCCGGCAGGACAUUGUGAAACAGAUGGAGCAGAAUGCAGAGGAGCGGGCACUGAGGGCUGAGGAGCUGUACCAGGAGGGCCAGAGGCAGCUGGAGCGACUGGAGCAGAUGAAGAGGGAGGAUCGGAAGGCCUGGGAGCAGAAACAGGAGCGACUAAAGCAAAUCCAUGCCGAUAUUAAACGUUUCAAUAUGGAGAGCCAGAGGCUGAAGGAUCAACAGAGGGAGCAGGAGAGGCUGGAGGACGAGCGGGUGCUGGAGCAGCAACGGCAGAAGGCUGAGUGGGAGGCCACCUUGCAGGCGGAGCAGCAACAACUGCGCCUGGAGAAGGAGAAGGAGCUGGCCCGGCUCAGAGCCACACAGGAGCGGGCCCAGGACUGGCAGGCAGAACGGGAUGCUCUGAGGGCCAAGAGGAACCAAGAGGUCGCAGACCGGGAAUGGCGGCGGCGGGAGCUGGAGAAGGCACGGAAGAAGGCUGAGCUGGAGCAGCAGCUGAAGCAGGACCGGCUGGAGCAGGUGGCCCAGAAGGAGCAGUACCUGGCCAUGCAGGUGCAGCAAGACCGCCAGGAAUUCCAGAGGGUGCUCAGGGCCCAUCAGGAGCAGCUGCAGCGGGAGAAGCUGGAGCAGGAGCAGAGGGAGCUGCGGCAGCGUGCCCAUGCCGAAGAUCUCCGGCGGCAGAUCCAGGAGCUGCAGCAGCAGCGGCAGCGGCAGCGGGCGGCCUUCAUUGAGGAGGGCCGGCAGCAGCAGCAGGAGGUCCAGCAGCGCAGCCAGCGCCUCGCCCAGUUCAGGCAGCAGAAGCUGCAGGAGUUCAGGUCAGGGGCUGCCAGUGCUGCUUCCAUGGGCUCCCUGGGCUCCUCCAGUCCUUCCUGGUGUCCCAGCCUGGGCCACCUCCCAGCUCACUCUGCAUCCUCAGCAAACAGAACCUGCUGUGGGGCCAUGGUCCCAGAUCUAUUGGGAGCCUAAUGGAUUCCUUCCUCUGCAGAGUCACUGGAAUGCCCGAAAAGUACUGUGCCCAGGUGGAGCGCAAAGCCCAGAGCCAAGCCAGAAGAGCCCCCUCCUAGGCCCAGCCCCACCAGGAACCAGCUCCAAUUCCCCACGGAUUUGGGGUUCCAUUUGCAUUGAAUACAUUUUCCGAUAAACUAUGUUUCUGAGAAGAUGGUGUUUUCUGUCCUUUCCUGGCCUCAGGGCUGUUUGAGAGGAGCUGUCACAGGGCUGGAGGAGCCUUGAGGUUCCUUUUCCCACUUGUCCCACUCUGGCGUUGUGUUUAGGCUUAUUAGUGAAUUUUUCCCAUUUGUCAUCUGAAAGUUGCUGGAAGAAGGAGGGGGUGAUGCCCCAGGGAUGGAUGACAGGUGAGUGGGUUAACAAAAAAAGUGGGUGAUAGUUCUGGCUGACCAUUUGUUAUAAACAACCCAGACCCCAAGUGGGAAUUAAUCAUAGAAGUUUUACUGAGACCAAAAAAAAAAAAAUCAGCAAAGAAAAAGGGACAGCGCUUGGGAGCGUGA